AUGGACCCAGUGCUAUGCAAUGUAAUUCACAUAAUCGGAGAACUUAAAUGCUCCAUAGAAGUUGGCAACAUAACCACAGUCACCACAUUUGUCCUCCUAGGACUAUCCAGCAACCCUCAGAUCCAGGCUGUGCUCUUUGUGCUCUUCCUGGGGAUUUACCUCCUGACCCUAAUGGGGAACCUGACAAUGCUGCUGGUGAUCAGAGCUGAUUCUCACCUCCACAGGCCCAUGUACUUCUCCCUGAGUCACCUCUCCUUCCUGGAUGCUUUCUAUUCCUCAGUCAUUGUGCCUAAACUGCUAGAGAACCUUCUUUCCAAGUGGAAGACUAUAUCCCCCCUUGAGUGUUUCACCCAGAUCUCCUUGGUCAUAUUUUCCGGGGCCACUGAAGCUUGCCUCCUUUCAGUCAUGGCUUAUGACUGGUUCCAGGCUGUGCACCACCCACUGUUGUAUGUGGUGGCUAUGAACAAGAAGGUAUGUACUGGCCUGGUGAAAGCAUCGUGGGCCAUCGGAAUGGGGACUGGCCUGGUUAACAGCAUCCUUCUGGCUCAGCAGCACUUCUGUGGCCCCAAUCUUGUCCGCACUUUUGCCUGCAAGCUUCCCUCAGUGCUCCUGCUGACCUGUUCUGACCCCUAUAUUAGUGUUGCUUCCAUCCUGACCACCAUGGCAGUCCUGGGCCUUGGUAUGCUUGUCUUAUUGCUGGGCUCCUACACUCGUAUCAUCAUGACAGCCCUGGGAAUCAACUCUGCCAUGGGUCAGAGCAAGAUCUUUUCCACCUGCUCUUCUCAUUUUGUGGUCACCAUCUUUUAUGGUUCAGGAGUUUUCAGGUACAUGACCCCAGCAUCUGGCUCAGCCCUGGAGCAAGUGCUCUCUGUGCAGUACAGUGUGGUGACCCCGCUGCUAAACCCCCUCAUUUACAGUCUGAAGAACCAGGAAGUGAAGGCAGCUCUCAGGAGGGUGCUGGCCAGGAAGCCCAAGCUACCUUCUAACCCAACUCCACUGCAUCCUCAUAACAGGAGAAACAGUUGUGCAACAGAAGAGGAGGCAGGAAGAGCUAUCACCAGCUAUCUCAACAUUCCUCCUUCUCCAAAAGAGAAGCAUUAG